AUGAUGAAAAUACUGAUAAUUGCUGAUAAAAAUCCAGUUUAGCAAUUCGAUGUCAAUCUAAACCAAAAAAUUUACAAUUAUAUGAGCAAUCUAUUUGAUAAACCUUAAGAAUAAAUGAUAAUCAAACUUUCUCCUACUGAGAAAUAAAUUGAUUAUGAGGAUGAAUUUUAAAAAUAUAUGAGUUUUAAUACUUCAGCUAUAGUAUUUUAUGUUUUCGAUAUAAAUGGAAACAGUAUUUAGUUUACAAAAUCUCAGCUUAAAAAAUAGAAUAGCAUUGCAUAAGAUUUUGGAUAUUGUAAUUAAGAAAUUGAUGAAAUUUCAUUGAGUAGAAAUUAAAUACUCAAUUCAACAAAGAGCUUCAAUGAAGAAAAAUUAGAGAUGUUAAAUUCCCUUUCAACUAGUUUUUAGAAUAUUGAUAUUAAUUAAGAUUCUAUGACUAUAAUUUAGAAUUAGAAGUGUUAAUUUUGUACAGAUAUACUCAAUGAAACUGUUAUUGAGACUCCUUGUUAGCAUUUUUUUCAUACUAAAUGUUUUAGUAUUAUUGUAGAAAGCUAACUUUUAUAAAAAGCAUCAACUUUGGAAUGUUUAUGCAAAAAGUAACUUAAUUUUAAGAUAUUGUUUUUUUUAGAUAAUAAAUAUGAUGCUGAAAUUUUUAAAUAUAGAUAUAUAUUAAAUUAGUUAUAAGUAUUAGAGAAGAAUCUAUAGGUAAUGUAUAAAAAUGAGUUUCGAAAAUGCAAAAAUAUUAACAGCUGUAAUUUUUUCUAUUUACAUUAACCUUUCAUCUAAAAUAAACACUUGUAUUGUCCAUACUGUUUAUGGGAAGAUGUAUGA